UACCGCGGGCGAGGCGCGGGAUGCGCGGAGGCGGAUGCUACCGCUGCUGCCGCCGCGGCGCCGCCGGCUGUCAGCUCCUGGGCGCAGUAACUGUCACGCUGCACCUGAGCUGAACUUGAGCAGAGAGUGAAGAGGCCAUUGGGCUGCCGCUUUUUUUUUUUUUUUUUUUUUUUUUGGCACAUCGAGGUGGUUUUGUAGACGUGAGGGAGGAGGCUCUAUAUCGACGCCCCCAUCGUGCAGGCUGCACAUCACCUCCUUCUCUUUCUGCCAACACGGAAGGAGAGUGGAGACGGUCACCGGACUCCCAGGGACGUGGGACGGCGAACGUGACCGCAUCUGUGGAGCUACAACAACAACAGGUCGUCUUCUUUAGACGCCUUUGGCGGGAAGGACUACUUGAAAGGGAAGGUUUGAAAGAUCUAAAAGGGAAGGUGAAAAGGUUUCCCUAAUUCGUCAAAAAAAUAAUAAUAAAAACCACGGAGUGAUUCUUCUUGUCAUCUCUUUCCUCCUCCCCAUUAGUGACCCCAUCUCAUCAAGACUGUCAGGGGGAAGUCCAAAACACCUGUUGAAAGAAACUGUCGCCUCCAAAGUCACCUGCGUGCUUUCUCUGUGUGCCAGGAGGUGUCCUGGUGUAACUCUAGGCAAAGGUUUGUUUAGGUUUUGCUGAGACAGAUUUUGAGGACCCUGCAUUUCUAAUUUUUUAAAUUUUUUUGUUUGUUUGUUUUGGUUGCUGUUCAAAAUACUUGUCUGUGAGGAAAACUUGCUCUUCUGAGAACUGUCACUUCACCAAGAGUGCCACCUUGGAGUAAAGGUGACACCCCUGAACAGCUUUCUCCAGUGUUUGGUUGGAUGUGAAGGGGUGGAAGUGCUUGUGUUGUUUGGGGUGACUUGUCGCCUUCACUUCAAGACAACAUGGCAGCCGGUGUGGCAGCUUGGCUACCUUUUGCCAGGGCAGCGGCCAUCGGGUGGAUGCCUGUGGCCUCCGGGCCCAUGCCAGCACCCCCAAGACAAGAGAGGAAAAGAAGUCAGGAUGCUUUAAUCGUGCUGAACGUGAGUGGCACCCGAUUCCAGACAUGGCAGGACACCCUGGAGCGGUACCCGGACACUCUGCUCGGCAGUUCUGAGAGAGACUUUUUCUAUCACCCAGAGACCCAGCAGUAUUUCUUUGACCGCGACCCGGACAUCUUCCGCCACAUCCUCAAUUUCUACCGCACUGGGAAGCUCCAUUAUCCCCGCCAUGAGUGCAUCUCUGCUUAUGAUGAAGAGUUGGCCUUCUUUGGUCUCAUCCCAGAAAUCAUUGGUGAUUGCUGUUAUGAGGAGUACAAGGACCGCAGGCGAGAGAAUGCUGAGCGCCUGCAGGACGACGCGGACACUGAUACCGCGGGAGAAAGCGCACUGCCCACCAUGACAGCUCGUCAAAGGGUCUGGAGGGCCUUCGAGAACCCCCACACCAGCACCAUGGCCUUGGUGUUUUACUAUGUCACGGGGUUCUUCAUUGCCGUCUCAGUCAUCGCCAAUGUGGUAGAAACAGUCCCUUGUGGGUCUAGCCCCGGCCACAUUAAAGAAUUGCCUUGUGGGGAGAGGUACGCAGUGGCCUUCUUCUGCUUGGACACCGCGUGCGUCAUGAUCUUCACCGUGGAGUAUUUGCUUCGCCUGGCGGCCGCCCCCAGUCGAUACCGCUUCGUGCGCAGUGUCAUGAGUAUCAUUGAUGUGGUGGCCAUCCUGCCUUAUUACAUUGGGCUGGUGAUGACGGACAAUGAGGAUGUCAGUGGAGCCUUUGUCACACUGCGAGUCUUUCGUGUCUUCAGGAUCUUUAAGUUUUCCCGCCACUCUCAAGGCCUGCGCAUCCUGGGGUACACACUGAAGAGUUGCGCCUCAGAACUGGGCUUCUUGCUCUUCUCGCUCACCAUGGCUAUCAUCAUUUUUGCUACCGUUAUGUUCUACGCAGAGAAGGGGUCUUCAGCCAGCAAGUUCACCAGCAUCCCUGCAGCCUUCUGGUACACCAUCGUCACCAUGACAACGCUAGGGUAUGGUGACAUGGUACCAAAAACCAUAGCUGGGAAGAUCUUCGGUUCUAUCUGUUCACUGAGUGGAGUCUUGGUCAUUGCUCUACCUGUUCCAGUGAUCGUGUCCAACUUCAGUCGGAUCUACCAUCAAAACCAACGAGCAGACAAACGAAGGGCCCAGAAGAAAGCUAGACUUGCCAGGAUCCGGGCAGCAAAAAGCGGAAGUGCCAACGCUUACAUGCAGAGCAAGCGGAACGGCUUACUCAGCAACCAGCUAGAGUCCUCGGAGGAUGAGCAAGCCUUCAUUAGCAAAUCUGGUUCCAGCUUUGAGACCCAGCACCACCACCUGCUUCACUGCCUGGAGAAGACCACGAAUCAUGAGUUUGUGGAUGAACAAGUUUUUGAAGAAAGCUGCUUGGAGGUGGCAACUAUGAAUCGUCCUUCAAGUCACAGCCCCUCUCUCUCUUCACAACAAGGAGUCACCAGCACUUGCUGUUCAAGACGACACAAAAAAACUUUCCGCAUCCCAAAUGCCAAUGUAUCAGGAAGUCACCGAGGCAGCGUGCAAGAGCUCAGUACAAUUCAAAUCCGAUGUGUGGAAACAACACCUCUAUCCAACAGCCGAUCCAGCUUAAAUGCCAAAAUGGAAGAGUGUGUUAAACUAAACUGUGAACAACCUUAUGUGACCACAGCAAUAAUAAGCAUCCCAACACCUCCUGUCACCACACCGGAAGGCGACGACAGGCCAGAGUCCCCUGAGUACUCAGGAGGAAACAUUGUCAGGGUGUCUGCUCUGUAAGACAACUGGUACAGCUUUAAGAGAACCUAAGCCCCGGCUGUGGAAGGAAUCUCAAAGUAGAAGAAAGAAGAAACAAUAAACCUUUUUUGCAGAUUAAGACAGAAAAGCAAGAAGUUGAUAGUGAAGCAAAAAUAUAGUUUCCAAACUCGAGGAUGUGAAUAAAACCACCAAAUGGCAUUUUUAGACAGAGUUUGACUUGGGGGAAUGUUCUGUGGCCCCUUGACUUUGUGAAUGAGCACAAUGGAAUGCCAUCUAUUGAUGCUUCUUAUGAUCAGAACUCUUUUAUAAUAAAACAAAUAAAACAAAUCUUUGAACAUAAUGUUCCAGUUGAAUGCAAAACAAAAAAAAAUAUGGAAAACAUUUUGAUAAAAAUUUUUCCUGUUAAAAACCAUGAACGUUGGCUAUGGUGAAGAUUAUUACAUGUGAAAAUAAAACAUGCAAUUCAUUUGUAUUGACUGAAGGAAACCAUCCUAAUGCAUGCUAGAAUUCUUUGGAGCAGUGAUCUCAGUUUCCUUAUGUUGUCUUCAGAAUAGGCAUGAUAUACUAUAAUUGUAGAAAGGAGAAAUUUCUGUGCACUUACAACGAGCUGAUUGUUCACGUUCCACAGUGGGCUGUGCAAAAUGAUGUCCUUUUAGAACUGCAGGAUUUCUCAUGGGGCUGCUCAUGACAAAUCUAGUGUUUGAUAUAGUUCAGUAGUGAUUAUUGUUUAUUCUUGCACCUAGUUAUUGUUACAAUUGCAAUAAUUCAUUCAAUAUCUGUUGUAUCAGGAAUUGGGAUUUUUGUUUGGACUUUCCAGACCCUCUUAGGUACAUCAACAGCCCCAUUCAAGGGGAUACUUCUGAUGUGGCCAGGGUUUAGGUGACUUCUUAAUCCAAAAUUACUGUGUCAUGUUUCUCAGUAGUAUUCUUUAAUCCACUGUAUUCUCGUGACCCGUGUGCUAUUUGUUCCUGGUUUCUAUGACAUCGUUUUACUGGGUUUAUCAUUAUCAGCAGGACUAGUGUUUACUGUAGUACAAAUGGCUUUCCUUCUUUUGUAUUCCCCAGCAACUUAUCCUGUGAGUAGAUUUUCAUCAACACCCUUGUCAAAAACUAGAAAAAAAAAAAAAAGCUGGUAUCUAUGGUUAUUUCUCAUGUCUUUGAGAUUUAUAGAAAAACCCCAUAACUUGGAAACAUCAAUAUGUGUUUCAUGUAAAGAGUUAUCUGGGACUAAAAAAAUAAUCACAGGAUCAGUGAUCUCAGAAUCUUCCUUGAAGUAUUAUUUAUUUUUGCUUUAGAUCUUGAAUACACUUUAAGAACUAAUGUGAACUCAAAGAACUGAAAUGUAGGAAUAAGUUGGAGUGCUUAUUGUAGCAAUAUUUGAUGAUACCAUGUUUUUGGUGCCAUUUAGGUAACCAGCACCAAUAUAUCUCAGAAAUGUUCCUGUGUAUCACAAGGUGCAAAGUUCUCCAUUACAUUGGGAGGACGUAAGUUUGAUGAUGGAAAGUUGACGUUUAUGUACAUUUAAGUGAAAAGUCUUGAUACCUUUUCACUCUUAAAAUAUAUCAGCAGACAUACCUGUGUGUGACAGUAUAGAAAAAGAAGUUUUAUGUCAAAUGAAAAGUUUUGUUCAUUAUAAGCCACCAGUGUAAGGAAUAAAUCUUAGUUGCUAUACACAGAAAGGAGUUAACAAAUAUCCCUCUAUUAAAGAUAUUUUGAAAUGCUUAUCCUAACUUAUCAUAAAAAGAAUAACCCAACCAUUUCUGAGUAAAGUCAGAAAUUGUUCCUUCCCUUUUAUAGAUUAGCUUCUAGAACAGUGCUAUGUACACAGUAGAUCUUCUAAACAUUGGCUGAGUGACAGUAAGAUAAGCUCAGCUAUCUCUUGGGAGGAACUGGCUUUAUUCCUAGUAUAUCUUUUUAAAAGUUACUAAUCUUCCUUCAGUGUGACUAUUAACAAUUAUAUUAACACCUGCCUCUUGUCACGUUAUGCUUCUAGAGCAAAUAUAUAAGAAACUUAUUUGAUGGCAUUUAUUGAAAACCUUUGUAAAAGUAGAUUAAGGAAAUUGCAAUCAGGAAUACUAACAUCCUUUGACUCCCAAUAAGAAGUUCUAUUUUCAUGUUCUUAAGAACUAUGUAAAAGAAAAUACAGUUACAUUAUUUGAGCUGAGAAUUCUUCCUUCUCUAUUGAGUUGUCAUUUAUCCAAAAUUAUUAAUUUCUUUAGACUUUUGGGAAAAAUUUAAAAACUUUUUGAUGUUUUUGGUGAUUUAAAAAUAUACUGUGUUGGUGGUGAAUGACUAUUGAUGACUGUGUUAAGUGCAUCUGUAUUGUAAGUGAAACGUAAUUAUUUCUGUGUAUCAUAUGGAGUAACUAAGGUCAUUGUUUUUUGACAAUUUUGUUUGAAAUUCAUAUAUCUUAUUUCAAAGGAUAGCAUAAUAUCUGCAUUAUGCUGGAAAAAAAUAGACCUUUGGAGACUACUUAAAUAAAACAUGUGCAUGCUUGAACAGGA